AUGAGCCACCAACCAAAGGGUCUGAGGGAAGAAGCAGGAGGUGGAGUGAGAGGGCGCAUGCGGAGUGGCUCUCCAGGCACAGGUGACAGGUCGGGAAGGAAACCCUCUAAGAAGCAGGCACCCAAGGCCCAUGGUGCGCGGGGCAGACAGAGGGCCCAGCAUGACCAGAAGGAGCAAGCCAGGGGCAGCCCACGGCCAGGGUCUCCCAGGAGGAAGCAGACAGAGCGCAGCAACAGGAGAGGACAAGAGGAGCCAGGGAAACAGGGGCGGAGCCCCCUCGAGGGGAGGAAGAAGAGGGAUGAGAGGGCUUCCUUCAAAGAGCAGCGAGCACCUCCAAGCAAGGAAAAGGCGGUGCUGAGGAAGGAGGAGAUGUGGAAGCAGCCGAAGAAACACAGAUCGUCCUCCUUGGCCUCCAGUGCCUCUGCUGGGGAGUCUCUGUCGGAAGAAGAGCUAGCCCAGAUCCUGGAGCAGGUAGAAGACAAGAAGAAGCUCAUUGCUACCAUGCGGAAUAAGCCGUGGCCCAUGACCAAGAAGCUUAGGGAACUCAGGGAGGCCCAAGUAUUUGUGGAGAAGUAUGAAGGCGCUUUGGGGAAGGGGAAAGGCAAGAGGCUCUAUGCCUACAGGAUGCUGAUGGCUAAGAAAUGGGUCAAAUUUAAGAGAGAUUUUGAUAAUUUCAAGACCCAGUGUAUUCCCUGGGAAAUGAAGAUCAAGGACAUUGAAAGUCACUUUGGUUCUUCAGUGGCGUCAUAUUUCAUCUUUCUCCGGUGGAUGUAUGGAGUUAACCUUGUCCUUUUUGGCUUAAUAUUUGGUCUGGUCAUAAUCCCAGAGGUCCUGAUGGGUGUGCCCUAUGGAAGUAUCCCCAGAAAGACAGUGCCUCGGGCUGAGGAAGAAAAAGCCAUGGAUUUUUCUGUCCUGUGGGAUUUUGAGGGCUACAUCAAGUAUUCUGCUCUCUUCUACGGCUACUACAACAACCAGAGGGCCAUCGGGUGGCUGAGGUACAGGUUGCCCAUGGCCUACUUUAUGGUGGGGGUCAGUGUGUUCGGCUACAGCCUGAUGAUUGUCAUUAGAUCGAUGGCCAGCAACACCCAGGGCACCACAAGCGAAGGGGAGAGUGAUAACUUCACGUUCAGCUUCAAGAUGUUCACCAGCUGGGACUACCUGAUCGGGAAUUCGGAGACGGCAGACAACAAAUAUGCCUCUAUCACCACCAGCUUCAAGGAAUCCAUAGUGGAUGAGCAAGAGAGUAACAAAGAAGAAAACAUCCAUCUGACAAGAUUUCUCCGUGUUCUGGCCAACUUUCUCAUCAUUUGCUGUUUGUGUGGAAGUGGGUACCUCAUUUACUUUGUUGUGAAGCGAUCCCAGGAGUUCUCCAAAAUGCAGAACGUCAGCUGGUAUGAAAGGAAUGAGGUAGAAAUUGUGAUGUCCCUGCUUGGAAUGUUUUGUCCCCCUUUGUUUGAAACCAUUGCUGCCCUGGAGAAUUAUCACCCACGCAUUGGACUCAAGUGGCAGCUGGGACGCAUCUUUGCACUCUUUCUGGGAAACCUCUACACAUUUCUCUUGGCCCUGAUGGAUGAUGUCCACCUCAAGCUGUCAAACGAAGAGACCAUAAGAAACAUCACUCACUGGACUCUGUUUAACUAUUACAACUCCUCGGGUUGGAACGAGAGUGUCCCCCGGCCACCCCUGCACCCGGCAGAUGUGCCCCGGGGUUCUUGCUGGGAGACAGCCGUGGGCAUUGAAUUCAUGAGGCUGACUGUGUCUGACAUGCUGGUUACGUAUAUCACCAUCCUGCUGGGGGACUUCCUGCGGGCAUGUUUUGUCCGGUUCAUGAACUACUGCUGGUGCUGGGACCUGGAGGCUGGAUUUCCCUCAUACGCAGAGUUUGAUAUUAGUGGAAAUGUCCUUGGCUUGAUCUUCAACCAAGGAAUGAUCUGGAUGGGCUCGUUCUACGCCCCAGGACUCGUGGGCAUCAACGUGCUGCGCCUGCUGACCUCCAUGUACUUCCAGUGCUGGGCAGUGAUGAGCAGCAACGUCCCCCAUGAGCGUGUGUUCAAAGCCUCCCGCUCCAACAACUUCUACAUGGGCCUCCUGCUGCUGGUCCUCUUCCUCAGCCUGCUGCCGGUGGCCUACACUAUCAUGUCCCUCCCACCCUCCUUUGACUGCGGGCCAUUCAGUGGGAAAAACAGAAUGUAUGACGUCAUCUAUGAGACCAUUGAAAAUGAUUUCCCGACCUUCCUGGGCAAGAUCUUUGCUUUCCUCGCCAACCCAGGCCUGAUCAUUCCAGCCAUCCUGCUGAUGUUCCUGGCCAUCUACUACCUGAACUCAGUUUCCAAAAGCCUCUCCCGAGCUAAUGCACAGCUGAGAAAGAAAAUCCAAGCGCUCCAUGAAGAUGAGAAGAACCACAAAUCUGUCAAAGGCAGAGCCACAGGCAGAGAUUCCAAGGACACAAGUAAAGGCAGCUCAAAAAAUGUCACCCAGCUCCAACUCACCAAAGAAGGGGCCACACCUCACUCUGCCAACCAAAGCCAGACCCUGGACAAGAAAGCACCGAGCCCUGGGACCUCGAGUUCUGUUGGCGGCAUGGCACUGCGGGUCUCCCAGCACUUCCCUGUAUCUCGGGCCCCUGGUGUCAGUCCAGAUUCUGGUCAAGCCCAGCCUCAGUCUCAACCCUGGAGGUCAGGCUCUGGAAAAAAUGCUCAGAGAACUCCCCACUGA